AGUGCAAGUACAGCUCUGCUUUCGGAAAACUUUCUGCCUGGCUCAAACUCGGAUGAUUCCAAACAGCGGACUUUCAAACCUAAUGACAAAGGACGUUUUGGUAUAAGGAGGAAACUUUUUUAUUUUUUUUUUCGUUACUGUCCCAGUCGCUUUAAGCCGUCGGCUUUUCGGGAAUUUUGAAGGAAGUGUUCUGCGGAGGUUUGGGAUGCUGCUUCCCCGCGCGCUCCACUCCCUGCUUUGCGCACUAAGCUGCGCGUGGUGGCUGCACAGCGGAGCGGCCUCGCGGCUCAAGUCUCCCUCUCUGCCCAUCCAGCCCGAGAGAGAACCGCUGCCCUUCAAAGGCUCAUCAGGAUGCUCAUUUGGAGGUCACUUUUACUCCCUGGAAGACAAGUGGCACCCAGACCUGGGGGAGCCCUUUGGCAUCAUGCACUGUGUCCAGUGCCACUGCGAACCUCAAAAGCCUCGCCGUGGUAAGAUGAUGGGGAAGGUGAACUGCAAGAACAUAAAGCAGGACUGUCCAGCCCUGGACUGUGAUAACCCCGUCCAGCUGGCAGGGCACUGCUGCAAAACCUGUCUUCAAGGUGGCAAACAGCAGAUUGACUCGGUGCUGAACACCUUUGAAUAUUUCCGCCGGAAGAGCAAAGAGAGGGAGGAAGAGCUCCAUAAGUCAUACAAUGACAGAUCCUACCUGAGCUCCGAGGACGUGGGGCCGGGGGAGAGCCGCACGGACUUUGUAGCAGUGUUGACAGGAGUGAAGGACUCAUGGCUGCCCUGCUCUAGUGGAGUUGCCAGAGUUCGCUUUACUCUGACCAGAAGCAGCCUGACCUUUUCCAUCACAUACAAGAGAAUAGCCAGUCCCAGUAAGAUUGUCUUCCUGGACUCAGAUGGGACCCCUGCUUUUGAGUACAGAGUCCCCAAGGGUCAGUCGGACAUGAUCUGCGGAGUAUGGAAGAACGUGGCUGAGCCUCUGCUGCGACAGCUGCAGUCAGAGCAGAUGCGCAUCAGUAUGUCCACGUCUACAGGCCAACGAGAAGAAGUGGAGGGAAGGAUCAUCAAACACAGAGCCCUGUUUGCUGAGACAUUCAGUUCAAUAUUGGCAUCAGAGGAGGAGAAUUCAGCCAUGGGAGGCAUCGCCAUGUUGACACUGAGUGACACUGAGAACAACCUCCACUUCAUCCUCAUCCUGCAGGGCCUCAUCCAACACAAGGAUAAAGACCCCGUUUUGGUGCCCAUCCGAGUCCAGCUCUUGUAUCGGCAACAUGUUCUGAGAGAGAUCCGAGCCAACAUCACCUCUCAUGAUCCAGACUUUGCAGAGGUGCUGACGGACCUGAACAGCCGCGAGCUGUUCUGGUUAUCUCGCGGUCAGCUGGAGAUCGCUGUGGCCGCAGAGGGUCAGGAUCCCAGGCAGAUCUCGGGCUUCAUCACAGGCAGAAAAUCUUGUGACACUAUUCAGAGCGUGAUGUCCAGCAAUGAUGCAUUGAUCCCGGGGAAGACGGGAGGCGUGGGAUCUGCUAUCUUCAGCCUCCAUGAUAACGGAACGCUGCACUACCAGGUUCAGAUCGCGGGGCUCACCAGCGAUGUCGUCAGCCUCACUGUCGAGUUGAAACCACGGAGGAGAAACAAGCGCUCCAUCCUGCACGAUUUAACUCUAGACUACAGCAAGGCCACAGGGCAGGCAGUGGGCACCUGGAGCCGCCUGGAGGCUCGCCACAUCCACAUGCUGCUGCAAAAUGAGCUCUUCAUCAAUGUAGCAACAGCACACAGCCAGGAGGGGGAGCUGCGGGGGCAGAUCAAGGCCCUCCCUUAUAGUGGCCUUGAGGCACCUAGACAUGAGUUGCCCACCCCUCUAGCUGGGCACUUUGUGUCCCCACCAGUAAGAACGGGUGCUUCUGGACACGCCUGGGUGUCAGUGGACAAACACUGCCACCUGCAUUAUGAGAUACUUGUCGCAGGCCUCAGCCAAACCGAUGACCUGACCGUGAACGCCCGCCUCCAUGGACUGGCUGAGAUUGGAGAGCUAGAUGACAACACCCACAUGAGGCUGCUCACUGGCUUUUAUGGCUCAAAGGCUCAGGGAGUGUUAAAGGAUAUCAGUGUUGAAUUACUGAAACAUCUGGACCAGGGAACAGCCUUCAUCCAGGUUAGCACCAAGAUGAACCCUCAAGGAGAAAUACGAGGACAGGUCCAUGUUCCAAACAACUGUGAGUUUGGGACCAGGAGCGAGGCGGAGGAGGAGGAGGAGGAGUUUGAUGACUUGCUCGCAAAGGACCCCGAGGAGCUGAAAAAAGACCCCCAUACCUGUUUCUUUGAGAACCAGCACUACCCUCACGGUUCCAGCUGGACACCCAACUAUGACAAAUGUUUCUCCUGCAUCUGCCAGAAGCGAACAGUGAUUUGUGAUCCAGUCAUCUGCCCAGCGUUGACCUGCUCCAGAACCAUUAAACCGGAGGGCAAGUGCUGUCCCAUCUGUGAUGAGAGGAAGGAGCCCAAGGACAUGAAAGCUCCAGAGAGGGUUGAUGAACAUCCUGAAGGUUGUUACUUCGAAGGAGACCAGAAGAUGCACGCCCCGGGAACCACAUGGCAUCCCUUUGUUCCUCCCUUUGGCUACAUUAAAUGUGCUGUCUGCAGUUGCAAGGGAUCUACAGGAGAGGUUCACUGCGAGAAGGUGACGUGUCCGGUGCUGACCUGCAGUCACCCAGUGAGACGUCACCCCACCGACUGCUGUAAGGUAUGUCCACAGGAGGCGAGGACCACUGCAGGCCUGGAGCAGAGUGACAUGAUGCAAGCCGACAGCCCCAGAUACUGCAAAUUUGGCAAGAACUAUUACCACAACGGCGACAGCUGGCAUCCCUGGGUGCCGCUGUUUGGUGAGAUGAAGUGCAUCAACUGCUGGUGUGAUCACGGUGUGACCAAGUGUCAGAGGAAGCAAUGUCCACUUCUGACCUGCUCCAACAUCACCCGCACAGAGAGCUCCUGCUGUCCUGAAUGUGUUGAUGACAAAGAGGAAGAUGACAUGAUGAUGAAGGCUCCAGACAAAAGACAAACCUGGAGACACUACUGCCCCCCCCCACCCCCACCAAUCCCCCACCUCCAAGAUGGACCCAAAGCCAGAGCUGCUCACUGAGGUCUUCCCCUCUUCCCUUCCUUCCCGCUCCUGACACCCACCCUUUAUCAGCUUCAGGAUUGUAAUGAGGCAAAGCGGACACAGCCGACCUAUAAAAUGGAAAUAAAAGACUCAAUAAGUGAAGGAACGGCGCUGUGGAGAGGACCCACCAGCAUUUACUCACGUGCUGCCUUCUGCUCCGUGCCUCGAUCAUGUGUUGGAUUUUUUUUUUUUUGGAAGCAACUCAACAAAGGGACAAAAUGUGUGAACCAAUACCGCUGUUCAGUGUUCUGAAUUCCAGCCAGACUUUUAAAUGUUGGUGAGAUGGUUCGAUUUCACAGACAGAGCUUCUUUAAAGUACAAUCACCACUCUCGCUGGACGCAGUGAGGAAAGAGAUGCUUAAAUCAGUGUGAAUGUGUGUGAGUGCGAGUGUUUUCUUUUUUUUUUUUUUCUUUUUUUUUUGGCCUGUAAAGAAUAUAAGUAAUAAGCAAAACAAGAUGUACAUGACAGUCAAGUUAGUGGGGGGAAGGAUAGGGUUUGAAAACUGUCUGCCACAGUCUGCUGCUUUUAUUGUUGUAAGCACAUUUCCACCCAGUAUCGCUCACGUACGGCUCAGUACUGUUUGACAGCGAGAGGUCUGAAAUACCUCCGGUUGAUCACAGCUUCUCUGCUCUGGUUAUUCCUGUUGCCGUUUUGAACUUCAAUCAAACCUUAUGAAGCUCUCUGUCUUUUUUGUUUAUGAAUAUGAAGCUGGUUUACAUUUUUGUAUUUAUUGAACAG